AUGGCUUCAUACAAUACGCCCUAUCCCGCUCCAGCGCCGACGCUCUACGAUCCCACUAGAUCCGCGUCACUUGGCAACAAUACCCCAAGCAGAUCAGGAAGUUAUCUGCGCUCCCAGAUGAAGUCGUCUUCCCCGCCACUUACAAGCUCUGCUCGGGUGAGUAAAGCAAUGAAAGGGAAGCGCGUACAUGCAUGCGAGCAUCCGGGAUGCUUCAAGGUAUUCACCAGAGCCGAACACCGGAGACGCCAUGAACUCAGCCAUGAACCAAAAAAGCAAUAUACGUGCACAUACGAGGGAUGCGGAAAGGCAUUCCAUCGCGCAGAUUACUUGAAUCAGCAUCUUUCCCGACACGCACCUUCAACACCCAAAGCAAAGAAGCCGCAUGCGCGCAGCGAAACGAAAUCUCGUCGAUCGAGUGAGCCGCACCCACAACAGCAUCAACAACCGCUUCAGCUUCAGCAGCCACAAACGCCACAACUAGCGAGGCAGUCCACCACUCCCACUCCGACUUCCGUACCUAUAGCCCAAGAUCCUAGCUGCACACGAGCGUGGGGGAGCAUCGACUCUUUCAUCUCAUGCUCGCAGUGUUCCAGGGGCCCAAGUCAGUCGCCAGUCUCCGUCGACGAGUACCCGUCUCCAUAUUCCUACACCGGUGAAACAUGCAGCUCACCUCUCCCAAGCGACACAUUCACAAACCCUCAGUACCCUUCAUCGGGCAUGCCCGUUGAGAUGGUGACAGUCAUUGACCAAUAUCUUCGGAGCAUUCUGAAGCCCGAGGCUUUUUCGGUCCCCGAGCAACAAAUGGAUCCUACGAUCUGGAGCCCAGAUCUUGAAAUCGACCCAACCUUGAUGAAGAUGGAACCUCAGCAGGAUCAGCUACCACUGUACUCUUGGCCUCCGGCUGAGAGCCUUCAGUAUGAGGGCCAUGCGACUCAGAUGAAUCAGCCCCAUCUCGACUCCCGUUGA